GACACAUGUCAAACAGUCCUCAACAUCCAAAAUAAAAUCCCAACCGACCUGGCUAGAACAUCGUUUUGAUCUCUUGUCCUCGCGCGGCCCUCGACUUCUUUUCUGUUGGCAUGCCAUGCCUGCCAGAAUAGCUACGAUCCAGACCGUGGGCACCAGCUCCGACCCUAGACCGGCAUAGUCCAGUCGACUAGUUCGACUUAGUCUAAGAGCCGCGGUGCGGCCGGGCGAGAUGAUGCAGGCCACUGGGGCGAAGUGGAGCUUCUUCUCCUGUUCUAGCUCGACAGCCGGUCCGACGUCGCGCCAAGGACGCGGCUGGAGAUCGGCUUCUCGAACGCGUUUCCACUUUGCACUGAGUCCACCGUUGAUUGCCUGGACGCUUCUGAAGUAUCUGGGGGUGCUGAGUGGGACUAUGAUAAAGGGGGGAGGGGGAAAGGGAAGAACAAAAGAGCAAGAGCAAGAGAGGGAGAGAGCUACGAUUGAGCAUGUAAGAGGAUCUCUACGGUCGGGGAGAGUACCGGAUUUGUAUUCCCUUCAUUCAGCGAGCGGCGAAGGUGACUACUCGGUGGAUAUCUCGGCUGGAAGAAGGCAACCCGAGAUGAACACGGAGCCAGUUGGGCGGGUGAGGCGGUCCGAUUUGCUAUCUAUUGUUGGUCUAGCUGGUCAGGUAUUGUGGAAGUGAUGCCCGGACAAUUGUUAGGUGACAUUGAACAACAGAAGACGCCUGAAUAAGUUACAGUACGCAAA